AUGAAUAUUGAAAUGAAAUUAGAAAGAAAAAAUAUUUUGGUUUUUUGGAUUGUUUGUCGUAAUUACAAUCGAUUCGGUCGAGAUUCGGAGGGAGACACGCCUCUUCACGAUGCCAUUAGUAAGAAACGAGAUGACAUGUUGACUCUUCUCUUGGAUCACAAUGCGGAUAUUAUGCUGACAAACAAUAAUGGAUUUAAUGCGUUACAUCACGCUGCUCUUAGAGGAAACCCAAGGUAA